AUGGCCGCGUCGAAGUGUCGUUCCAUCAACACCACCUCAUCGUCCGCCCUUCUCACACCCGUUGAGCCUAUUCUCCCCAAGUCUUUUCCUUUAGGCCUCGUUGCAGCUCCACACAUAACCUUCGCGCAGUUUCUCCGAUCCUCUGCCAAAUACUCCAGUCAACAUGCACGAAGCGAAUAUGACCGUGGAAUCAAUACCUUCUCCCCAGAAGGCCGUCUCUUCCAAGUCGAAUACUCCCUAGAAGCCAUCAAGCUCGGCUCAACAGCAAUAGGCGUAGCAACCGGUGACGGCGUCAUUCUCGGCGUAGAAAAGCGCGUGACCUCCACCCUCCUCGAAACCAGCUCCGUCGAGAAGAUUGUCGAAAUCGACCGGCACAUCGGCUGCGCCAUGUCGGGCCUGCAAGCCGACGCACGAAGCAUGAUCGAGCACGCACGGGUCGAGUCGCAGAACCACGCCUUCAACUACAACGAGCCGCUAAGGGUGGAGAGCUGCACGCAGGCGAUAUGCGAUCUGGCGCUGAGGUUUGGCGAGGGCGCGGAGGGCGAGGAGAGCAUUAUGAGCAGGCCGUUUGGUGUGGCACUGCUGAUUGCAGGUUAUGAUGAGGAUGGUCCGAGUCUCUACCACGCCGAGCCCUCCGGCACAUUCUACCGCUACGACGCUAAAGCGAUCGGAUCCGGCUCUGAGGGCGCUCAGGCCGAGCUCCAGAACGAAUUCCACAAGUCGCUUACCCUCCCGGAGGCUGAGGUGCUCGUACUCAAGACGUUGAAGCAGGUUAUGGAGGAGAAACUGGAUAGCAAGAACGUGCAGUUGGCGAGCGUGACGAAGCAGAAGGGCUUCCGAAUCUACACGGACGAGGAGAUGGAGGAGGUCGUCGGAAGGCUGCCUACGAAUUAACCGGCGGGAGUUCGUGGGCUUGGGAAAAAGUCACUAGGCACGGAUUGGAGUAGAAAGGAUAUGAUAGCAUCUUUGGGCGCCUUGUCCCGGACAUGACGAAAUAGACAAAUGUCUCAAUGCUGCUCCAAAGCCUUAUUGCGGGAACGUGUCGUGCCCAUUCGACAUCCACACCUGCAUAUCACACAAUGGAGUC